CAGUCUGUAUGAGGAAUUCAGCCUUUGACUGUCUCACGGUCCUUGGAGCUGACAAUGGGUCAAAAAGAAAUUCAAUACACUGAAAAGGCAAUCUUUUGAUGACGUUUGAGAUUCAAUACAUAGAAAAGAUUGUGACGGGUCUUAACCUUCUUAUGGAGAAAGGAAGGGAUAGAAUGAAAUAGAAACCCAGUUGCGACCUAAGUUCUUCUCAACCUCCAGAUCUUCGGCGAUCUUCUCCUUUUUCCUCCUCUAGACCCCGAACCUUUCCUCCUCUGAUUUUUGCCAUGAAAAUCACUUGAGUUGCAAAUUUAUUACCCCCGAUUUCUCCUUCUCUUGUCCGAAAAUCCGUCUCUCGACCUGAAAUCCCUCACUCUCUUACUCUCUCAACUGCUGUCUUUUGCUCUCGGAGUGGUUUCAUUCAGACCGAUCUGUCCCGGCUUUCGUUUUCGAUGGUUCAAGUCGAUUUCGUCACACCUCCGGAGGUCCGUUUUAGUGCCAGAUCGAAUUGUAGCGUCAUUCAGCAGUUACAGACUUAGAUCUCAAGGUGUUAAAAAUAGUCGAGCCGCUUAAGAAGGUUUUUUCCCAAAAAAAAAGAAGAAAAAGAAAGAAGGUUUGGAAGAUGAGAACCAGACCGACUGGCAGAUGUGAUUACAUUAUUCUCACUCCAAUAAGAGAAAUUAAGAGAGUUGUAUUAAUCAAUUAAUAUUUUUUUUACAUCCGCUCUCUGAAGAUGUAGAGUAUGCUUAAUGAUGGUUUAUUGGAUUGUGUGUUGAUGCAGCAGCCACUGCCAUAAUGCUUCCCCGAUCCAUUGGGGAAUUCCGGGUGAUUCCUUAAGCCAUGUCUUUAAUUGUAUUCUGAUUGGAGAUGGACGUUCACAUACUCAAAUCAAUCUGUCUUAAAUAUAAUGCCUUGUAUUUUCUUUUUUGUUCUAAUCAAAAUGCUCUUAAAUUUUUUUCCUAAGAAAAUCUAUUGCCCACUGGACCGUGUCUUUUUAGUUUUUACCAUUCACCGUGCUUAGGGCAGCAUGUUACCACGACCUACAUACUGGUGAUAUCAAUUCACAAUGAACUUGUGGGUCACGUUCCACAUUCCUCUAGGGACCAUGUGUCGUACCUUUUCAAAUCGUUUUUACAUUAAUCGGAAACUUGGGACUGAGUGGAAUUUUAGUGACGAAGAACUGCAGCAGUGACAAAGAAGCAGAACUGCAGAGGGCACCUCUAUUAAAAUUUGAUGAAAAAGAUGAUUGAGCGAUAAUAUUUGAUUGGUUUGACUGAAUUCACAAAACCGGCUCCAGCUUUAAUGUGUAUGAUAUUAAUUUGAAUACAAGGUGUAGUGUUAG